AUGAACUUUAGGAGGAUUUUCCUAGUCAAGUGCUUGCUGCUUUUAUUUCCCAGUGUAAAAUGCUCCGUCACCAUUUACAUGGCGGUGAAUGAGUCGGCUCUUCUCAACAUCCCUGACGCUUCUGGGAACUUAUCUCAUGUAACAUGGUUGAGAGACAGACAAAGGUUGCUUCAGAUAAAAGAUAAGCAAGUUAAGUACUACGUGAACAAGGACCAGUGCAGGUGUAAGGUAUUCCUAAAUGGGACUCUGCAAAUACAGCGGGUGGUGAAAGAGGACAGUGGAAGGUACAGGGUGACUGUUUAUCAGCCGGAUGGAAAAUUGAAGGCAGAAGAAGAGACAAUGUUCAUCGUUCAGGAGCCUGUCCCUCAGCCAACCCUCAGUGCUGAAUGUGUGAAUAAAAAUCUAUCUGUCAAGUGUGAAGUGAAGCAGAAGACUAAAGAUGAAACAUUUACAAUGGAACUGAUUAAAGAUAAAAGCAAAAGAAUCCAAAAGAAUGGAACAAAGGUGGAGUUGCACACGCGGUAUUCUGGGACGUUCAGAUGUUCUGUUAAGAACAAAGUCAGCGAAAAAAAGGCUGAAAAAGUAAUUAAGUGCUCAGGCGAGCUGGACCUUUAUCUCAUCUUAAGCAUAGCAGGAGGCGCAAUCUUCUUUGUCAUCUUCAUGAUUUUGCUUAUUUAUUGCAUCAGGAAGAAGAAAGCAGAAAGGCUUGCACAUCGUGAGGAGGAGCGAAUGACGCAUGUUUGCCAGGUGGACAGUGAAAUGGUGGUGCGGGAGCUCCCUCAGUCACCGUGCAAGCCUACCCCGAAGCAGCUGCGCGUGCAGCAGCGGCCGCUGCCGCAGCCCAACGUGCAACAACAAGCAUUGCCCCCGCGGCCCAGGCCCCGCACUCAGCAGCAGACUCCAAAACACCAGAGAGAAAGACCUUGA